AGGAGCAACAGCGGCAAAUAGUGGGAAAUAGCAAGAUUAUAUAUUAAGCUGCACAUUCGACCGUUUAAUUGCUCUGGACAUUUCGUUGCAACUGCUCGUGUCAUCAAAACGGAAAUAUGAGUGCUGACAAGCAGAAGAAACCGCCUGUUUCGUUUCCGAUAAAACCUCCAGGACCGCCAAAGGUUUGGAGCACCGUGGAAACUGUCAUCAAAGGGAAAGGAGACAAACCGAUAAAGUUUACUAUUCAGGAAGUACCUGAGGACAGGUACGACGAGGUGGUUGAACACAUGUGUACUUAUUUCAUUCCUGAUGAGCCCAUGUGCAAAUGUCACAAUACACAAGAGCUUGCAGACACUUUUAAACAUCUAUGGAAAGAUGUUCUGAAUCAUGGUUUGGCUGUCGGAGCGUUUACAGAGAACCCCGAUGGCGGGAAACCAAUAAUGGCAGGCGUUAACGUACUAAUAUUUUGUCACGUAGACGACUCGACGGACUUUGCGGAAUCUAUGCCUCCAGUGCCAAAAUCCAUACUGGAUGCAGUAAUAGAUUUGUGUAAGAAAGCUGAAGUGUUUGAGAAAUACGGAGUGGAUCGAUACAUCGGUGCUUUUGGACUCUCCGUGCACCCUUCGUAUCGAGGGGCUGCUCUAGGCGGCCAUCUUCUUCGCGCCAGAGAAAACAUAGGGCGCGAGUACAAGAUUCCGCUAACGUCCACAGCGUUCACAUCACCGAUUUCGCAGAAACUGGCCGAACGAUGCGGUUUCGAAACACUGAUAGAGAAAAAGUACGAAGACAUGGUGGACGAGAAAGGAAAUCCCCUGUUUCCCGGAAUCGAAUCGAAAUCGGUGAAGGUAAUGGCGCGAAGACUAUAUUAACAUUUGUCGGAGUUUGACUGUCACUGCUAUGAAAGCGGAGCAGUUCUUGCAGCAGGAAAACUAUGCAAGCUAUGUCAGACAACCACUGC